AUGGGAAUGGAGGCAUUCCAGCCCAACAUACUCCGCAAGCGGGGAAACUUUCUUCCAUGGGAAUGGCAAGUCUCGGACAGGCUCAUAUUGGUUGGGUAUGCUCUUUCCAUAGGCGACUUUCCAGAAGGUCUUCAAGGUGGAUAUGCUCUUCUUCGAUGGUCUCCAACCGGCACUGAAAUUGGCCCUGCACUGGGGGUGCCCCUCCCCGGUCUCAAGAACUCGAGCGGUCUUAACUUAAUAGGUACUGGUAGCCGAUUCGUAUUGUAUAGCUGCUGGGAAGCAUCAAGAUCGAUCAAUGUCCUGAUUGCAAGGCAUUAA